UUCCUCCGCCUGUAAACACUGCUUUGACACGCAGAGUGAGCGUGCGUCAUGAGGCUGGCACUGACCAUGCUCGUGUGUUUGUGGAGCUUCGUGCGCCUGUCGCAGUGCACGCCUCCGACCUGCUACUCCCGAGCGGUCGACCUGAGCAAAGAGAUCAUGGCUCUGCUGGAUAAGAUCCACACCUACCACCGCACGAAGCAGUGUGCAGAGAUUCUACCUACCAUCUUCAUUGACGUGCAUAAUUCAUGUAUCACAGCCAAGCUCCGUGACUUUCUCUAUGUGGUGCUGAACCAUCCUGACCAGUCCUGCAGAGGGCGACCCCGAAUGGUUGGACUGAAACGUAAAGUCCAGAACUUGUACACAAUCAUCACCCGGAUCUGCUAUCGGGACCUGGUGUUUUUUACAGACGACUGUGAGGCCAUUGACACUGGACACAUCAGGCCUCACUAUGCAGAAGACCGGCUGCAGCUGUUGCAAGAGGACAGAUGAGGAGCAGCACAGACACAGCACAGCCUGACGCUGCUUCAUGCGUCAGAGGCACCACACAUUGCUGUUUCUUAUCUAACCAUGUUUUGCUGCAGACUGGUGUUUCUGGUGUUGGUCGACAUGUGUGGCGACAUUCCAUUGAGGCGUGGGUAACUUUCCACAGGAAAUUUGCUGAAUGCCUGCCACAGCCAUGAAAAGCUUGAAAUAAUAAACCAAUAAGAGACGCGUGUGAGCUCGCUUUAAGCUGUGCACGGCUGAUCAGAGG